CGCGGCACUAACAGCGCUCUUGGCACUGACAGGGGUUUCUAUUUUUUCGGUGCCCCUCCGUCAUUGAGUCCCGUCCGCGGGCCCGGUCAAUCACAUUUCAAUAUUCCAUCGAAUGGACAUUUACCUCCACGUACCAGAAGCUCCAAUCUCAGUUGUUAUCGCCGCGGGGUCCGUUUUGUCGCAUCGUUAUCUUUUUUUUGUUUAGUUUCCCUCUGCGCGUCGCACCGCGUCUCAUACUAUACCACUUUUACCCAUUCGCAAACUUUUGUCAUCGAUAGCUCCAUCAACCUAGAACGACCGACACAAUGGCGAGCACAUCCUCUUCCCCUUCGAUGGCCAUCCCCGGCCAAUUCCUAGGCCCUGUCUCCAAGUUCCAACCCGGUCCUGGAACCCAUAUCCACGAGUCGAACCUCUACUCUUCGCUGCUCGGCGUCGUCAACAUCACACAGCCCGCCAAGGCGCCUGGCCCUGCUAAGCGCUUGAACAAGAUCAUCAACACCCAGACCACGCCCGCCGAGCUACCGACCAUCUCGGUAUUGCGUUCAGCGGGUUCGUCAGACAAGCGCGAGGUGCUUCCUGAAGUGGGCAACAUCGUGCUAUGCCGGGUGAUUCGCAUCAUGCCGCGCCAAGCCGUUGUGGCCAUUCUAAUUUGCGGCGAUACUGUUUUGGAGGCCGAGUGGCAGGGCCUGAUCAGAGUGCAGGACGUGAGAGCAACAGAGAAGGACAGGGUAAAGAUCUACGACAGCUUCAGGCCUGGAGAUAUUGUCAGGGCCGAGGUGAUUUCUCUUGGUGACCAAGCCAGCUACUACCUGUCGACAGCGCGUAACGAGCUCGGUGUCAUCAUGGCGACAAGCGAGGCCGGUAACACCAUGUACCCCGUCAACUGGAAGGAAUACAAGGACCCUGAGACGGGGCUAAGCGAACCCAGAAAGGUUGCGAAGCCCUACUGAAGUCGGCGGAUGGAGUUUCGAAAUGAGACAUGAAAAAGAUGCUUGAAAAGCAAUGCAUAGCGGAGUUACUAGCUUGAGGUACAGCGUGUUAUCAAGGCGAUACGGGCGUUAAUCUGCUCGGAGAGCUCGCCGAGUAGUGAAAGCAGGUGCUCAAUCAGUACCCGGUUGGGGACUUGCAAAUGCGGCGGCACGUCGAAUGUCGAGCUCUCACGGUCCGCCGGUCCAUCAUCGACACGGUCGGCCACUCGCAUCACAAGCAAGCAUCCCAGCGACAAAUCCAAGCCCAGAGAUGUCCUGGCCCCAGAGUUUCCGGCGGAUACUCCAGGUACGCCAAGUUAGACCGCGCAGAACAUGGUCUUGGGUGAUAGGGCUCGCACUCAGAGAAGUAUGGAGAUGGGUACAUGUCACGAUUCACUCUUGACACAGCGGAACAACACAGUCAUGAUACAGCGCCUGUUUCAGGGAUAACGAAGACGAUGGCGAGUUAGUAUGAUCUUGUCACGUCGAGGAAAGAUAUAGUGACGCCAGACACGGCUACGCCUGUCAUUGCAUCAAGAAACUGGAUACCCGUUUAAAAUCUGCAUAGAAGAUACCAAUAGCCUUCUUCAUACGUACCUUACUAUUCCCUUGC